ACAAUCCUAAUAAAAAAAAUGAAUCAUACACAUGUUGAGGGUUGAUUUUAUGCUGAGUGAAAAAGUGCUGUAAAUUCCUAAAAACAGCGUACCAAAAUCAAGAACCAAAACGAAACAAAGCGAAUUUAUAGUGCUGCUUAAAAACCAAAAGAAAACUAUUGCUUUCUUACUUUCCACUGUGCUCGCUCGGUAUAAACGGAAGUUGAAGCGGCAGAGAGGCGGCAGCGCUAGUGCUACAGUUAUUUCUUUUAUCGCAAGCUAAAGCAACAAUUUGACGACAAAAGCAAAACGAAACGCACGCUCGCACCUUUACUACCUGAGCGGAGAGAGAGAGAGCGACAGUGCGAGAGUAAGAGCAGCAAGCACACAAACACACAUAAAAGCAUAUAGAGCUGUUUGUUGGCACAAAGGUUAUCACCACAAAUAACAAAGAAGAACAGCGACACCACAUUAAAAAUAACUAAAACCUAAAAGUUAAUUGCACGAACUGCAACUGCAACCCAGAAGCAAUCGCCGAACAACGCCUAAAAUAAGUGAUUUUUGUGUUUUAAGCACAAGAGAACGGAGAACUGAGAGCCCAACUAGUUGAGAGGGAGUAAAAGAGUGAAUGCUGUCGUCGCGUUUAAAAUAAACAUUUGCACAACAACAAAAACAACAGCAACGGCCCGCAGCAGCAUCGACAGAACCACCCGUCUCACCCGCCUACAUCAGUAACUACCUGCGCCUUGUUUUAAAAUAUAUUUACUAUACGUAUACACGUAUUCACAUACACACACACGUACAUAUACUUGCUAAUCGUCGCCCACAUCACAGGCACAGCGGAAGAACAACAACAACAGUAACAAAAUGCGUGAGUACAAAAUUGUUGUAUUGGGCAGCGGAGGAGUGGGCAAAUCUGCACUAACGGUGCAAUUUGUGCAAUGCAUUUUUGUGGAGAAAUACGAUCCCACCAUUGAGGACAGUUACCGCAAGCAGGUGGAAGUUGAUGGACAGCAAUGUAUGCUGGAGAUUCUGGAUACGGCCGGCACGGAACAGUUUACAGCUAUGCGAGAUCUCUAUAUGAAGAACGGUCAGGGAUUUGUGCUAGUCUAUUCGAUAACAGCACAGUCGACGUUUAACGAUCUCCAGGAUCUGCGUGAGCAAAUAUUGCGUGUAAAGGAUACGGACGAUGUGCCAAUGGUGCUGGUGGGCAACAAGUGCGAUCUGGAAGAAGAGCGCGUUGUUGGCAAGGAAUUAGGCAAAACUUUGGCAAAUCAAUUCAAUUGCGCCUUCAUGGAGACCUCAGCCAAAGCCAAAGUGAAUGUUAAUGAUAUUUUCUACGACUUGGUCAGGCAGAUUAACAAGAAGUCACCCGAAAAGAAACAAAAGAAACCGAAAAAGACCCUAUGUGUUCUGCUAUAAGACUUCCAAAACAAAAAAAAAUUAAAUACAAAAACCAAUAAAAACGGAGUAAAGUAAGCAGUAAAGGUAACAAAAAAAAAGCAUACAGAGAGCCCAGAAAGAGUAAAGAUUGUCAAAAUUGCAAUAACCUAGAGAGAGCAGGCAACAACAAAAAUAA